CAGCAUUUCUUCACCGCCGUCCUUUCCUUAAAUUCUCUUCAUGCACUGCGGGAUUUGUGCAGUUGGCAUUUAGCCGCCCAGUCGGAAAGCAAUCAGCCGCAAUUCUUAUUAUCGCCGUUAUCCUCGCCAAAAACGUGAUAGUUUUGCACAUUUAUUUUAACAUCGUGAUGUUACACUCAUCGAAAGACUGACGUUUAACGACAAUUCAAAUGUUCUCCCGCAGACGUCCUUCGUCCGUUUUGACCAUAUAAGUGCCAAAAUACACAGAGAUUCCCGUCGGCGCGGAAUCUUACGUCACGGUCGUCGCCAUAUUGAAUGUGGGGAAACCCGUUUUUGAAUCAUUUCAUCUGCUGCUUGGAGAUGCGGCGACUGUCUUCCUGUUUUACCUUUUAGCUGUGUUUUGACACGCGCUGCGACCUCUCACCCACAUCACACGGGUUCAAUUCCCAUCAAGUGCCAGGCCAUCUGGUGUGAAACGUAGACCAUUUCGGACAGUUUGGUAUCGCAUUGGUUUUGCUCCAACAUUUCAACGUUUAGAAGUUAUGGGCAUAUAGUUUUGUUUGCAUGUUAGGUAUUUACGCUUUAGAGAUUCACGUAAAAGGAUGUUUAGGUCCUGAUUUUUAAACAGUGAUGUAAUCAGUCCACCCUUCAAUUAACGAUCAAUUGUAUUUCGCCAUCCUUCACCAAAAGAUUAAAAGCACGACAGAUCGGCACUGCUUCUGCGUUGAUGAAGAGUUGGCAUAUGAGAACUUCUAUGCAGACUUUGGCCCCCUCAACCUCGCCAUGUUUUAUCGCUUCUCUUGCAAGCUGACAAAGAAGCUCAAGUCCGUUACGUUUUCAAGGAAGAAGAUUGUGUUUUACACCUGCGGUGACCAGAAAAAACAAGCCAACGCUGCCUACCUGAUUGGCUCAUACGCAGUAAUGUACCUUAACAUGAUGCCAGAGGAGGCCUACAGUCUGUUGGUGUCAAGGAACAACACGUACAUUCCAUUCAGAGAUGCCUCGUUUGGAACGUGCAUGUACAAUCUGAACAUCCUGGACUGCUUGCGCGCCGUCCACAAGGCCCUGCACUACGGCUGGCUGGACUUCUCUGACUUUGACGUGGAGGAAUACGAGCACUACGAGAGGGCAGAAAACGGGGAUUUGAACUGGAUCAUUCCGGGAAAGUUCCUCGCGUUCAGCGGCCCUCAUCCCAAAAGCAAAAUAGAGAAUGGAUACCCUCUGCACGCGCCCGAGGCCUACAUCCCUUACUUUAGGAAACACAACAUCACCAGCGUCAUCCGACUCAACAAAAAGAUGUACGACGCCAGGCGCUUCACAGACUCGGGCUUUGAGCAUCAUGACCUGUUUUUCGUGGACGGUAGCACGCCCAAUGACGCCAUUGUCCGAAAGUUCCUCAAUAUCUGCGAGAAUGCGGACGGAGCCGUCGCCGUCCACUGCAAAGCUGGUCUGGGGCGAACCGGGACUCUAAUUGGCUGCUACAUGAUGAAGCAUUACUGCAUGACGGCGGCGGAAGUGAUCGCUUGGAUUCGGAUCUGUCGCCCGGGAUCCAUCAUCGGACCUCAGCAGAACUUUGUCGAAGAGAAGCAGAACAGCCUGUGGGCUGAGGGCGACGUCUUCCGGGAGAAGAUGCUGAGCGAAAAGAAGAACGGUAAGCUGGCCGUGACCAGAAUCCUCUCUGGAGUCGACGACAUAACCAUUAACGGCAGCAACAAGAACAAAGCGUCUAAGAAGGGCGAGACGGAACUGUACGACGACGACGAGGACCGAAAUGGCGUGACGCAGGGUGACAAACUGCGAGCCCUGAAGAGCAAGAGGCAGGCCAGAUCUUCAAGCUCCUUAUCGCAAGAAGAAAAUAAGAUUCACACCAGGUCAGCGUCCCAGUCUCUAAACAGAUCCGUCCUUCAGGCCAGCGUACAGAGCUGUAAGACUGGCGUCAACUCACUGGCUCUGUCUGACCACUCGGACAGCAGGAAGAGGACCAGAACCUCCCUGCCUGCCACUGGCGUAGCAUGCAGCUCCGUAUGUCGCGCCCCGCUGGUCAACUUGCUCGUAGUGGUCAGCGACGGGGAAGCCGUGCGUCGUGAACCACGCGGCGGCCAUAGCGACGCGACCAACGCGUGCAAUCCCGUCAACUUAAACGCGGCGCACUUGCAGACCCGCCGCCGCCAGAGGACGUAAAGCUCGCCCUGCUUUUCAAUCUGAGCGCUUGUCCAAGCUGUGUCACUCCAUACCUAAAGCGAGAGCCCCUUUACUCCGGUGAGGCUGCAGAAACCCUGAAGAAGUUUGACUUUAUUUGCUUGAAAGAAGAUUUUCAACUAACUCAAUAGUUAUUUUUUAAAAAUGGAUGGCAUCUUCCUAACCCUUAUUCAACAUGGUCCUAAUUUCUAAUUAACCUCUGACAAAACUGACUGAAAGUAUGAAAGAAUUUCAAUGAAUUUAUUUUUCUUCUGUCAAGUCGGUGAAUAUCCUGGACAGUCCUAUUUCAUUAUUGAUGUUCAGCUGUUGCACAACUGUAAAUAUUUGGGAAAUGUAAAUAUUUUUGUACCAUUUUGAUCGUAAAAUGGUCCAAACGGGCCUCAACUAUAUGGGCUGAUAUGAAGCAUAUAUGCUGUAAUCACUUUUUAAUUAAAAGAACAACCCUGUUUACUUACCCUCCUCAUUUGUACCUGCACAAACGUUUGCACAGAAUUCUAAGUUACUAAGUCAUGUUGACUUUUUUUUUUUUUUUUGCCGAUACCGUAUUUUCCGCACUGUAAGGCGCACCCAAGAGCCGACGGUGCGCCUUGAUUCCCUUUAGCGCAGCGCCAUCUAAUGGAUGCGUAACGUAACCCCAGCCUCUAUUCUACGCGCCUCAUAACGGAUUUGGGCAAUUAAACGUGACUGGCCGGAAGUGUCGGUAAAACAAACCAUUCUUCAAUGCCAAGUCGGUUGGAGGCGCCAUGAAAAUACAUUUUUAUAGCACGACGCCCAGAGUUUUGCCCAAUACCAUGAAACAUUUAGAAGGCAAUAAUAAACUAAGGUACGUGGAAAAAUUAGACACUUUGCAUAGAGGACCCAUAUUUAAUGCUGAAGUUGAUGUUUUUGCCAAUAAGUGGACUGUUAACCUGCUUCCCCUUGUCUUGGACAACUGGAUCUACACAUGGAUCUGCUGAGUAUGUCAUCGAGAUUUACACGGAUGAGUUUGAAAGCGUAAAAAAAAAAAAAAAAAAGUCUGGACGCAUGCAAAUACUUCAUUGUUGGAUCUGUUCUCAAUCAAGAAUAAAUCCCACAUAGCAAUGGAGCCACUCAGUCUUUUUUUUUUUAAUACAAAUCCCAAUAUUUCAAUAAAUGACCCCUGGUUUUACACAAACUCACAUUCAUUAACCAUGAUUGGGAAAAAAAAAAAGCAAAGCGUGUUGCAGCCACACAUUAAACCUCUGUGACACUUUUUAAUUUUUUUUUAAUAUGCAUUGUUCUCAAAUGAGUCUAAUGUAUAUUUAAAAAAAAAAAAAACUGGGACAGGCCUCAGCCCCUGUACACGGACACAUGAUAUGGCCACACAUUAACCUACGUAAACCUCUUGUGUGUGGCCGACAGUUUAUUUUCUUCUUUUAAAUAAGCAUUGGAAUCAUUUGAGAACAAUGCAUAUUAAAAAGAAAAAGUGUGUCGGGGAGAGGUUUACCGAAGAUUAACGUGUGGCCGCAACACGCUUCCAUGUACGUUGGAGACGACUCCAUGUCUCUUUUUUUUUUUUUUUUUUAAACUCAUUGUUCUCAAAUGAGCCAACUUGGCAUUACAAAUACUUCUUGCGAAUUUGAAAUUGAGAAGAAUAACUCCUACCUGAAGUGAUCGCUACACAGGCGUGUGUGUAGUUUGGUCGGGCGCCGUCCAUCACAUUUAAUUGCCUAUCAGCUGGUAUUCCAUAGAAUGACCUCUUUGAAUAUCACUCUCGUCUGUUGUAGCAACCAACAGCACAAGUCUCCAGGAUUAUGUAUUGAGCAGCUCUUUUUGACCGGCAAUAUGGCGCCGUGAAAAUGUUGAUGUCACGUGCACGACCUCUAUAUAUGAAAACAACUAAUAAAAUGGGCAUUCAUUGAAGGAUGCGUCUUAUCGUGCGGAAAAUACGCUACUUUGUGUCCAUAAAAUACAAAGGCAAGUCACACUGAUCAUCCGCAUUUAUGUACCGUAUAUUUAAAAAAAAAAAAAAAAACAGCAGUAACCUUUGCAUACGUCUUUAUAAGCUUCA